GGGGCAAAGAUUGAAGCCCAAGAGAACAAUGAAUGGACGGUGCUACAUGUGGCGGCUCAACACGGGCACGAAGCCAUCGUGCGGCUGCUUCUCGACAAGGGAGCCAAGAGUUUACGGAAUGCCCUGCAGGCGACGGCUGACAACGGGCACGAAGCCACAGUGAAACCGAUUCUUGCCAAAAAGGGGACGAACGAGGACUGA